UCCACCAUUCUACUUAUCCCAGAAACUGGACCUGGUAAAUGCCUGCAUCUCUAGCACAUUCUCUCUGCCACUCAUCAUGCCCAGUCUAGACCGAAAAGAGAGUGCUAGUCUCUACCUCCAGACAAUCCAAGCCUUAGAUGACAUGUUACAAGCUCUUGUAAUGGAGGAUAUGGACCCCAACAUGCCCAUACUGCAGAACUUCCUGGAGAUCAUCUUGCCUUGGUUAAUACUGUCAGAGAAAGUGCACGAACAGACCCGGGCCUUGGGCACCAUUGCCCAGAUGCUGAGGUUUAUUUGCAAUUUCCCUGAGCUGUCGCACAUGAUGGAGUUCUCCAUGAGUGGGAAGCUAAUCGGCAUCUUAGGCCUGUUCUGCAUGAACGCCAACUAUGAGAUCAGCACAGGGGCCUCGGAGGCAUUGCAUUACUUGUUCAAAAUCCUUGUGCUUCAUAGAAGUAUGAAACAGAAGACAGAGGCCAUUCUGAAGGACUUGCAGAAGCAUUUCCGGGGAGGAUGGUUUGCCAACAUACAGAGUCUCACAAUGUUCUUCAGGAAAUACCUGACCCCUGAAGAGAGAGCAGAUGUUAUAAUGGUGUCAAUGGAGGCCAUGACCAAUGCCAACAGGCAUGAUGUCUGUGCUGCUUCCAAGAUGCUGAAGAUGAUCCUGAAGUACUCUAUGCCAGAAAUUGGGAAGGUGCCAGAAAUUAUCCAGUACAUUUGCCACAAUAUGAACAGCAUCACUGAAACCACAGCCCAAGGGACCAUAAAGAAGAUCCUUUACCUGCUGGCCCAGACCUACACCGAUGAAGUUAUCCUGACCCUGUUUAAGAUGGAAGAUCAGUCACAAAGAGGGGUUCACAAGCCCUGGGAAAUCCUGGCAUCAUUCCCCAAAGGCUAUGAAGUGAUCAUGGAAUUUCUGCUGCAGAAACUGGCUCCACACCAGAAAUCAAAGGGCCAGGAGCCCAGCCAUGGCAUGGAGAUCUCUCCGUUGAUUGCCACCAGGGCCAUCCAUGAGCUCCUGCUGGAACCAAGUCGGCGGAUGGAGGUGCAGACCUUCUUCUCCUCCCUGUUUAUGGCCCUGCUGUUGCGGAUCUCCUUCCUCGUGCUUGAAGGGGACACGGACAUCCAGGAUCAGCAGCAUGCAGCCGAAUGGGUGGACCCUGUCAGUUCCAGCAUGGGGGCCCUGAAGACCUUGAUGCUAAGUACCGGGUAUGGAGACUAUGUGUCUUAUGUUCAGAAACUUGGGGCCUGGGAGCUGCUCACCAGUCCUGAAAGACAUUAUGAGGGUGUCACUCUGCUGGCCAGGACCAUGGUCAUCAAGAAUUGUUGGCAUAACCGCCCCAUCUUCAGCCUCAUCAUCAGGAUGCUCCAAGAACAGGACUAUACAAAUCACUUAACGGCCCUCGUGUUUAUGACUGAACUGCUCCGGUGCCCAGGUGUGGCCGCCAUAGCGGACGAAGCCGCCGUCCGCAUUCUGGCAGACUGGUUCCACUCUGAGGAGCCCGCCACGGUGAAGCUCCUGUUGCAGGUGGUGGGGAUCUUUGCAAAGCACAGGAACAUGGUGCGACAGCUCCACAUCCUCCAGCCCCACCUGCUCCACUGCUGCUACUCCCAGGACAGCGCCGUUGUGAUGGAGGCGCUCGCGGCGCUCAGGUGUCUCACCGAGCACCUCAGCUGGCAGCACUCGUCCUCCUUCCUUACUCAGCUCACCUUCACGCUCGGGCCCUUCUUUGAGGAGGAGUCCGAGCAGCUGCGCCUGAUGGCCUUUGAGACCUACAGGGCUCUCUUGGCUAAGGUCAAGAGGACAGUGCUUGUCUUCCCCUUGAAGCACCAGGUCCUCAACUUGAUAGUCCUCCUUGUGCUCCACCUGGAGGAUGUGAAUAUCAGCGUGGCUCAGAUCUGCCGGCCUGCCCUCUGCCGCACGGCCGCCAUACUGGGCUGGUCAAGGCUCAAAGUGAUAUUUGCCGAGAAAGAUGUGUGGACUAUCCUCAGAGCCCUGCUGCGGCAGGAGGCAAACAAGGCCCUCUGGUUUCUGAAGCAGUGUACGACUCUCUUCAAGAGCCCACAGGCCCCCAUCCGCCAGGCGGCCGUACGGUUUGCAGGCCAGAUCAUCCAAACCCUCGACGCGGAAGAGGCCGGUGACAUUGAGGAAGUAUACGCAGCCGCCAGUCCCCCUCCCGCUGCGCUGCCCCGUCUGCCAGCCAACCUCAUGGGCCCGCCGGCGGGGCCCAGGCCUCGCGCCCAGCCCAGCAGCCUUGCUUCGUUCCAAGCCCCUCAGCGGCCUCCGUGUUGCAGCCCUAAGGUCCAUGCGGGAAGACCCCGACCCCAUGGUCAGCUGCCUCGCCACUCAGACCCUCUACAUCCUGGAAGCCCAGGAGAAGCUGCUGGUCAACACCCCUACCUCCUGCUUCUGUAGCAGGAGGCCUCGAAAGGGCUACUCCUGAGCCUGCGUCCUUGGGGCCUGGCCAGGGCGGAUGUGACAGUGACAACUGUGACAGGGGGGCCAGGCUCCCGAGCCCCACCCGAGAAGUGGAUGUGUGUCCCCGCA